AUGAACCGUUUUAAUAUACCUGCAAAUCACAUCCAGCUCGAAUGGGCGAAGUCCGGUUCAUCUGUCAAGACCAGCACAUAUAAAGGGAAGACAUACACAUGGCUCCCACGAAGCCAGACUGCUGGCGUCAAAGUGGGCUAUGCUACAAUGUGGGACCGGUCAAGCAAGGGCUAUUGCACGCGGAGUGAUGCACAGGUUGACACUCAGCGUUACUUGGGACAGCGCCUUAUGGCUGUGGGGGCCUGUCCGAACUACGGCAAGUAUAUUGCCUUUGUAGACCGAUCAGGAAACCCCGUGGACAGCGUGGAGCGAUUUACAAACGAAAUUCAUGGGAACACCAUGCCUUUCUCAAUUCAGGGAUGCACGUCUACUGCUUCUGUGGGAACAGCCGAAGUGCCGAUGGGCCAGUCUGGCUGGAGUAUGUAUUCAGGGUACCUUGUCAAAUGCCCCUUUAACCAAGCAGUGUAUGAUAAAGACAUGCUUCUGGAUGCGGAAUAUGACCCUAACGCCUGCAGUUUUGUGACUUUGGAAAACCCCCUGGUGUUCCUUGACACCUCACAGAAAGAAGGAUCGUUGGCCUAUAAGCCGUAUGCCUUCCACGGACAAGGAGGGCACAAAGGUUACGAUUUCGUCGGCAGCGGAGUAGGGUGUCCUCCAUUUUCCCCUCCACAGACGACGCGUCCUAUGAAGUCUCCCGGCAUCAUCACUGAUCCCUUUCUUUGUUCGCAAUUGUCACGCUGCACCAGCAUGUGCUGGCCUUGGGAUGCCAAUCGGCCUUGCUACAGGAGUCUGCCUGCAUCUUUCAACCACUCGACUUCGGAGUGCCUGAUCCUAGGUUACCACACGCAGACAUACAUCAACGACUCUUGCACUAUCAAGUCAACAGACGACCCAACGGCGAAGUACUGUGUAAAAGCCCACAAGACUGUCGAAUCAUCCAAUUACACCUACGUGACGGCAUUCACAAGGCCGGACUUCGAAACAGCUUGCCCUCCAAGAGAACCACUGAAGAAUGUGGUUUUCGGCACAAUUUCUGGAGGGGUCUGCACUCAGCUCGCGUCAGCUUCCACAUCCACAGGAACAGCUGGGGAAUGUGGACAGGCCGUUUUUGAGGCCAGCAGCGACGACAGUCCGUCUGGCGCUGGGGGCAGCGGCAGUUCGUCCAUUUUCUGGUCUUCCUGGAUUCCUCAGAGCGCCAGCACCCAACAGGGAACGUGUAACCUGUAUUCCACUGUGCCAACUUGCCUCUUCAAAGUAGAUGGGGCUAUAUCUUUUACCGCGCUCAGCGCUGCUGAUCCUAGUCUUGCGAAGGAUCCUCCUUCAGACGCUAUAACUCCUGGGCCUUGUUCUUCCAAUCCCUGUAAAAACGGCGGCACGUGCGAGCUUCCCGGAGGAACAUGCAAGUGCCCUGCUUGUUUUUCUGGCUCAAACUGCGAAACGCGAGUCGCAGGGUGUUGCGCUUCCAAUGCAGACUGUGGCGGCAAAGGAUCGUGCGUCAGCAACAAGUGCAAAUGUAAUUCAGGCUACAGUGGGCCGGCGUGUGAAAAAGGAGCAUGUGACGACGUUCAAUGCCAAAAUUCCGGCACGUGCAAGAUGCCGUCUGGCGUUUGUGAAUGUCCAGAAGGGUUCUCGGGUCUGCGUUGUGAAACGAGCGUGUGUGAUCAAGUAACUUGCGAAAAUGGUGGUCAGUGCGAGAUGCCUUCUGGCAAGUGCAAGUGCCCAGCUUGCUUCACCGGAGAUCAUUGUGAAACUAAGAAUCCUCGUUGUUGUGAAACAGAUAACGAUUGCAACUCGCCACAAGGCAAGUGCGUCUUCAGCAGCUGUCAGUGUGCCCCAUCCAUCACCGGGGACAAGUGCGACAAUAGCGGCUGUGCUGGGGUCACAUGCUUGAACGGUGGCACUUGCAAUCAACUUAGUGGGCAUUGCAAAUGCCCCAAAUGUUAUAGCGGCUCCAACUGCGAGACGCAUGAAGCUAACUGCUGUGAGAGUGACAGCGACUGCAACGCUCCGAACGGCGUUUGCAACAGCUCGAACACCUGCGAAUGCACUCCCGAAUUCCCUGCGGCGAACUGCGUGGACUUAUGCUCUGGCGUAGAGUGCAGCAACGAUGGAAAAUGUGAUCCCGCAACAGGAAAGUGCACGUGCCUUGCUGGCUGGGGUGGACCACAGUGCAUUGUUCCACAGCCUUGCGGCACUGAAGGGGCAAUAUGCUCUGGAAAUGCUACUUGUGACCAAGAAGCCCUAAGCUGCGUCUGCAAACCUGGCUACACGGGCGAGGAUUGCACCGAACUUUCACCAGAGUGUAGUGAGCUGUGCACAGUGGGGGGCAGCGUGAUUAGAGAUAGCGUGAGCGAAUGCAAGGUUGACUGCUAUUCAGCAUGCUGCAAGCAUCUGAUAGAAUCUUGCAAAGACCAGUCAGAAGACAAUCAAGAGCAGUGUGUCAAAGACGCCCUUCAAGCUGAAGAGGACGAAUCAUGCUGCGUUGCGCGUGAAGAAGGAAGCAGCAAUGCUGCAUUGUACGCCAUAGCAGGGGUUGCCGCAGCCCUUUUAGUACUUGGAGCUGCUGGAGGGAUGUACUACAAAAACAGUAUGGGGGCAGGAGCUUCGGGAGAAGUUCUAGAUAAUUCAGUGGGUGAAGCUGUUGGUGGAAAACACCGGCCGACCAGACAAGAAUCGGCCAUUUCAGUUGACUUUGAAGAUUACGCAAACACUCCAGAUGAUGCCACUGGGGACCUGCAGGCAGAAGGCGAGACUGCACAGGAAGCAGACUGGGACGUGAAUGUAGAGGAUGGUGACGUUUUAGGCUGCAAGGAGACAGGCAGCAAGCAUAUAGGAAUGGCGCUGCUUUUACAACUCCAUGGAGCCACCUUCAGUGAUUGGGAGCCUGACUGCAAUGAGAGAAGAAGAAAAUGCAGCGACUCAACAGUGAUCCCCGCCUCGCCUUUGAAGCUUGGGUGGCGUUUGUGCUUCAGCAGAGAUGACGAUUAUCACUCAGCACAUUUGUGA